AUGAUCCACUACACAGGUCUAGUCGCUCUGCUACUCAGUGGUGUGAGUGCUCACGGAUACCUCGGCUUACCAGCUGUCACCUUCCCGAACGAUGUCGACAAGACCCAGUUUAUCGCCACAAUCGAGGCCAGCGCUUCAGGUUUUUCAGGAUCGUUCAGUGGGUCGCCGUCGGCCAACACGGAGACCUUCUGGACGGCUUUCAGCUCGAGUAAGUUCACUUCGAUCAAGGAAUUCGUGACGGCUUUGGGUCAAGUCGUGGCGACUGGCGCCAACCUACAAUGUGGACUCACAGAUCCCAACGAGACCCCACAGCCUCUUCCGGAACAGAUCGAGUGGACUCACUCCGAUACGGAAGGCUUUACUUCCUCCCACGAAGGGCCUUGCGAGGCCUGGUGUGACGACACACAAGUGUUUCAAGACACCAACUGCGCCGCACACUUCACUACUGCACCGGCCAAGUUGCCUUACAACAAGGCCGCGUGCUCAGGUGCGAGCCGGUUAGCGUUCUACUGGUUGGCUCUACACUCGUCGACAUGGCAAGUUUACGCUAAUUGCGCCGCUCUCGAAGGUGCCGGCGGCUCGUACGCGCCAUCACAUGCAAACAGUAGCGAGUCAACGGGACAGCCGGACACCCCGACCGUCACGACUGCUGCACCAACGGUAACGACGGCCGUGGCUACAUCUGCUCCAUUAGUAUCUGGUAGUACGGUGGCUGACAAUGAAGAUGAAGAAGACUGCGGUUCUCUCGAUGACGAUUGUGGCUCGCUUGAUGUUGCCGGUAACGAGGAGGACGAGGACUGCGGCUCCCUCGACGUUGCUGAACCUGAGGCUACCACUCUGUCAGAAUCGUCGUUGAACUUUGAUAGCGUCGGUGGUGGCUACAUCAGCGGAAAGGUUCAGCCACAGUGGCAGAGCUAG